CUCAAGUUUCGAGCACGCGAGCUGCCCGCCGUAGCCGCAGAUCUCAUAUUCACAUACAAUAUAAGGUCAUAAACGCUCCUCUCUCGACGUUCGACGCAGCCCCCGCCAGCCAAGGCUCGCGCGGCAGCUUCCACAACUCGACUUUUUGGCUGCCCCCCACGCCGCGCGCCGGGUGCCGCACCCCUAGCCCGUGGACCAUAGCACGCCGUCGCCAUGCCCAAGAAACCAAAGCCAGACAGGGACGUCGUCGGCCCGCCCGCGGAGGGCGGCCACGCCGAGGCGAAGGACGACGAGGCCGCCCGAAAACGCGAGGCCAAGGCCGAGAAGAAGCGCGAAGCGAAAAGACUGGCCAAAGAAAAGCGCGCGCGGGAGGAGGCGGAACGCGCAGCCGCGCCCGCCCGUCCUGAUAGACCUGCGCCCGCGCGGCCCGCUCCUACGCAACCCGCGGAGCCCGAGCCCAAGGCUCCUGACACAACAGAAGAGUCGAAGAGCGAGCGCAAGAAGGAGGCCAAGGCCCAACGGCAGCGGGCCGACGCGCCUCCAUUACCACCGAAGGACAAGGACGGGGUCGUCGGUGGUGAUACUGUAUUUUUCGAACAAAUACAACCGAACGUCGCGUACCUCAUCGAGAACGUGGCGCGGAAGCACCUCGAAGGAAGAGCCUACGACGUCAAGUAUCAUGCCAGGUGGACGGACGGAAUAACCCAAGACGUGUUAGAUCAAUGCCGGGCCCUGUCCCCAAAUUUCAAGUGGAUGAUCAGCUGUUUGAUCGUGCAGAAGAAGGAUAGGACCGCUAUUUUUAGUGAGUCCGUGGCGUAUUAUGAUCAACAGAUGGACGGCUACGCGGCCUACGAGUACUCGGGCUCCAAAUGUUUAUGCGUGGUCCACGUGUUCUCGGCGGCGAUAUAGGGGUAAGUAUAUCUAGUGUGAC